AUGAUUUCAACUAAUCCGAAUGAAUUAAUGAACAGUUCAAAAUGUAUUAGUAACAACAACGCCAAUCAUAAACAGUCACAAUUACAAUGUACAAUUGAUAAAACACAGUUUAUAAUGAAAGAAAAUCAUAGAAAUAUAACAGUAUUUCACAAUCCAUAUCAUCAUUCUAUUCCUAAUAUAUCUAACUUAGUUAAAAACAAUGUAAACAAUCUUUCAUAUACUAAUAUAAUGUCUGAUGAAGGUUAUUCACAAGGUCACUUAAAUCAUAUUCCUAUCAAUGAUCAAGUUGAUGGACAAAUUUCAUCGAAUAAUACAUCGAAAACUUUAUAUACAGGAAAUGUUUAUAAAAAAUAUCAUUCUUUACAAAAUUUAAUACCUUCAAAUCAACAAAUUCAUCUAGAACAUCAAACAUAUUCAUUAUCUAAAUUGAAUUAUUCAUCAUUCAAUACAAUUCCAUUACAAACAAAUAUUCAUAGUUUAAAACAAAUGUAUCAAUCACAGUCAACAUAUGUUAUUGUUUGUGAAUAUCCAGUCAAUUUAUCUGUACGUUAUAUGGGUAAUAAUCAUCAAAUACCAAAUAUUAAUUUAAUUGAAUUAAGUUAUUUAUGGCAUCAUAUUGGAUGGGGUUAUUUAAUUGCUAUAGCUAAUAGAAAUUAUGAAUUACCUAAUUCAUUUGACUCAAUUACAUUAAUGCUAUGUCAACCAAUUACAUUUAAACAAUUAUGGAUUGGUUAUAUAGUAAUACCGGAUAAAUUUGAUCAUUUCAAUAUCAUUCAUACAUCUUUAAUAAAUUCUGAUCUUAUUCAAUGUUAUAUUAAACAAAUUCAUAAAAAUCUUAAUGAUAAAUUCUAUCAUACACAUUGUAUUGUUAUGAAAUUAAAUAAAGAUACUACUUAUAAUACGGUACAAAUGAAACAGAAACCAUUCAAAUCUCAUUCAAUAUUAAAAUCAAUAUUUCGAAGAUUAUUUAAUAAAUUGUCUAAAACUAAUAAUAAUAUUUAUAAAAAUCAAUUUAUCAGUGGUAAUAAUAUUUUCAUCAAUAAUAAACACAAUUUUGAAUAUUGUAUAUGUAAAAUAGAAUCAAUAGAAUCAGGAAUCAAUGAAAAAAUUCAUCAACAAUCAAUAGAAUUCUUUUCAGAAUUGGAUAAAUUAAUUAGUAAUUCAAUAGUAUUCCAUUUUCAACCGGAAUCAGAGAAACAGUUAGCAAUCGAAAGGCAAAGACAUAAAUACAAACUGGAACUAUCAACAUUACAAUCUAAUACAAAUUCAUCAGAAUGUAUUAGAAAUCAAAUAUCUUUUCCCUGUUUAUUUCGACAUAUUUAUUCACUUAGUAGAGAUGAUUUACAAACAAUGAGAACAAUCUAUGGAUUCGAAGUUUAA